AUGCUUCCUCCAGACCAUGACUCCGCUCGGCCACCUGCGCAUGAUCAUGCCCUCCCUAAUCCAAUUGUGCCAGUAGAAGAAGAAGACGACGAUGAAUUCGACUACGAGGCUCUGCCGAAAAACACCACCCUGGCUUCUAAUCUCAUAGCUGGUGCGUUCGCCGGUAUCAUGGAACACACCGUGAUGUACCCGGUUGACGCUAUCAAGACCCGAAUGCAAGUCGUCGCAAUUGGCGGAACAUCAUACACAGGCAUCUCGAAUGCCAUCACCCGGAUAUCUGCAAACGAAGGUGCCCGGGCACUAUGGCGAGGAAUCACCUCCGUCGCUCUCGGCGCCGGUCCUGCUCAUGCUGUCUACUUCUCCGUCUACGAAUACACCAAGCAGGUUUUUGGAGGAAACGAGGGUGUCGGCUACCAUCCCAUCGCUACAUCGUUCGCCGGCGCAUGCGCAACCACCGCCUCAGAUGCUCUCAUGAACCCUUUCGAUGUCAUCAAGCAGCGCAUGCAGCUUGCCGGAAGCAGGUUUGCCAACAUCGGCGCCUGUGCCAGCAGUAUUUACCGAACCGAGGGAUUCUCGGCUUUCUACAUUUCCUACCCCACCACGUUGAUGAUGAACAUCCCUCUCACGGCCAUCAACUUCACCUCGUAUGAAGCUCUAUCCAAGCUCAUGAAUCCUCAAAGAAAGUACGAUCCGCUCACUCACUGCGUGGCCGGAGGUCUCGCUGGCGCCGUCGCUGCCGCGGCCACAACCCCUCUCGAUGUCAUCAAGACCUUCCUGCAAACCAAGGGCACUUCCACCGAUGCAGAGAUUAGACAUUCCCGCUCGCUCGUCGACGCUGCCCGGAUCAUAUACAAACGCGAGGGUGCCCGGGGUUUCAUGCGGGGUCUGAAGCCUCGUAUAGUUGCAAAUAUGCCCAGUACCGCUAUUUGCUGGACUAGUUACGAGAUGGCAAAGUUUUACUUAUACAAAAGUUCUGCUUAA